CCCUCCUGCGCAUGCGCAGAGACUCGAACGUGUGGCGGCUGCGGCGGAGUUGGUUUGCCAGCGCUGUUGCGAAGUUGCGUCGUUAAGUCACCGCAGAGUUGGUGGCGAUAGAGAAGAUACAGACCCGUCCUUCCCUGGAGCGGCUCAAGUCGGCGAGCAGAAGGAACGGCGGGUGAGAAAGAGCCGAGUUCGGCGCAGCCAUGAAGGUUGCUGUGGAGGGCUGUUGUCAUGGCGAAUUGGACAAGAUCUACGAGACGAUCGCCUACUUGGAGCGGAAGGAUGGCGUGAGCGUCGACCUGCUCCUGUGCUGCGGAGACUUCCAGGCUGUGCGCAACGAGGGGGACAUGAAGUGCAUGGCGGUGCCGGCCAAGUACAGAAACAUGGAGACCUUCUACAAGUACUACUCUGGUGAAAAGAAAGCUCCAGUGUUGACUAUAUUUAUUGGCGGGAAUCACGAGGCUUCUAAUCACCUGCAGGAACUCCCAUAUGGUGGCUGGGUGGCCCCAAAUAUCUACUACCUGGGUUAUGCUGGAGUCGUGCGUUACAAAGGAGUAAGGAUCGGUGGCUUAUCAGGAAUCUUCAAGUCACACGACUACAGGAAAGGUCAUUACGAGUUCCCUCCGUACAGCCAAGAAACUCUGAGAAGCGUCUACCAUGUGAGGAAUAUUGAGAUAUUCAAGCUUAAACAGAUCCGACAGCCCAUGGACAUCUUCAUGUCUCACGACUGGCCGCGUGGCAUUUACCACUAUGGCAGUACAGAGCAGCUGUUACGCAAAAAGAAGUUCCUGAGGCAAGAAGUAGAGACCAGCACAUUGGGAAGCCCUGCUGCUGCUGAGCUGCUGGCACACUUGAAACCCUCUUACUGGUUUUCUGCCCACUUGCAUGUCAAGUUUGCAGCCAUCAUGCAGCACCAGGCCCAGAGUAACUGUAUGCCCCGCACCACCAAAUUUCUUUCUCUGGACAAAUGCUUGCCACACAGAGACUUCCUACAGAUUGUUGAAGUGGCUGAGCGGACAAGCUUGUCAGAACGCCUGGAGUAUGACCCUGAGUGGCUGGCUAUCCUGAAGGCCACCGAUGGCCUUCAGAAGGUCUCUCGCAACCACUGGAACCCCCCUCAGGACAAUGGUUUGCAUUCUCGGUGGGACUUCAGCCAAUCAGAAGCUGAAAUGUUGAAUGUAGUGGCUGACCUGGGUGGUGAGCUGCAGAUUCCUGAAAACUUCAGCAUGACCACACCACCCUAUGACCCUAGUCGCCCCCAACCACAUCUUCCCCCCAGCUACUCCACCAACCCCCAGACUACUGAGCUGUGUGCUUUACUGGGUCUCACUGACAUCUAUGCCCGUGCUGGCCAGGGUGGGUCAGCAGGUGAGGACAGAGGUGCCCAGGGUGCUUCAGAGGAAGAAGAAGAGGAGGAUGCUCAGAGCACAGGGAGCACUGAUGAGCCCAGCGAGUAUCUAACGGAUACUUCAACCAUGUCCAGUUCCUACAAUCCGGAUGAAAUCACCAUUGAGGAUGAGUGGGAGGAGCAGGAAGAGGAUGAGGGAGAGGAAGGUGGUAAAGGCACUGCUUUUGGCAGUUCCAGUCCUGAUGCAGUGGUGCCAGAGGGAGAAGUAGUUGAUAUAAAAAGCCCCUCCAGGGAUCUGGCAGCCCACAGGCUUAUCCUGCCCUCUCCUCACACAGAUCCUCCACUUCGGUUGUCCUUUCCCCUGGACCUACCGGCUCCUUCCCAGCCCACCCCCAGCCCUGCCCAGAUUUCACCAGUCCGUGAAAGCUCCAACGAUGAGGCAAGCUCCCCACCCCCCCGUAUCCCAAAGCGCUCCAGUGGUGAGACGGGAGAUGCCCGAACAGGCAGUACUCCUACAAUCAAGCGGAGGAACCAGGCUAUUUAUGCAGUCCAGGAUGAGGAUGAUGCAAACUAGAAACAGGUCUAGAGGUCUGUGGAACUGUUUGUCAGCUUUCUGUUCCUUUCAGUGGAGAUGGGAGUACAUUUCAGUUGCUGGGUACUUUCUGAAGAUUAGUAACUGAAGUUCCCUUAAAAAAAAAAAUGGAGCAAUUUAUUUUAUGUAAGGUGGAAAGCUGGUUUUAUGAAUUUCUCACUGGAGACGUUCAGUCAGGAUUUGAAUGAACAUCAGCUCAUGUUUAUCUUUUCAGGCUUGGCUUAGAGGUGGCUGUUAAGACCAAUUUAAUUAAAAUAUUGUAAUUUAAUUUUAAUGUGUUGCUCACAUUCAGAUUUUAGGGGUGCAAAGAUGGUAAAUGUGUUAGUGGGACACCUUUGUGCAGAAUUAUAGUGGGCUUCUAAAAAUCAGGCUUUGGCGUUUCCAGUUUUUCUUGGACACAGUACUGCACCACUCCAUAUUUGAAUACGGGACAGAAAACUUAAGAUGGCAUUCUUUUACAGUGGUGCUGUGGGGAAAGUUCUACAUGCCUUUGUAAAAUACAAAUGCAGUGUAAAAAGCAUUUAGAAAAUUGGCAUUCUUUAAGGGUCUUGGGCUGCAGAAAUACAGGAGAUAUUCAUUAGGAUUAGCAAAAGCAUUAUCAGGUUUUGAAAAUUCACUCACACCCCUGUAAAGUUCUUGUAUCCUCCUCCCAACAUCUUCAGUAUUGCCGAAAGAAAACACUACCUCAUUUCAGCAUUUGAUGAUCUGAGUACCACAUUAGCCUUUUGUAGUCAAUUCAGUCUUUUAGCAGUAUUGUCAGCAUUUAAACUGAAUUACCCUUCAUCCAUUUUUAUUUUCACUUUCAGCAUAGCUCAAACAAUGCAGCAUUUACAUUUAUUCAU